AAAAUGAAUUCCCGUGAAAAGCAUUUUCCUGGAAAUUUCCUCUCUCUGGUUCUCAUAUCUGGCCCUUUGACUUGGGAUCGAUCGAUUUGUUGCAUCGGUCGGUCUCUCUCUUUAAUAUCAAGUGUUAAUUUAGGUUAUAAUAUGUUGAUAUAGGGAUUUUAGAUUUUGGGGCAAGAAAUGGCAAGUGGGUCUGGGGAAUCAACGAGCAGGCCACCUCAAAGCCCGUCUUUCUCGAGCAACAGUAAUAAUAACAGUGAUGCUGGUAAUUUUGAAUGCAAUAUUUGCCUUGACUUAGCUCAAGACCCUAUUGUUACCUUAUGCGGCCACCUAUUCUGCUGGCCUUGCCUUUACAAAUGGCUCCACAUGCACUCACAGUCCCAGGAAUGCCCAGUUUGCAAGGCCCUUGUUGAGGAGGAGAAGUUGGUCCCUCUGUAUGGCAGGGGAAAGACAUCAACAGACCCGAGAUCGAAGUCUAUUCCUGGCAUUAAUAUUCCAAGUCGUCCGGCUGGGCAGAGACCUGAGACAGCUCCUCCACCGGAACCAAAUCAUUUUCCUCACCAUGGAUUCGGGUUCAUGGGAGGUGUUGCACCAAUGGCAACUGCAGGAUUUGGGAAUUUCACAUUCUCUGCAGCUUUUGGGGGUCUCAUCCCAUCUCUAUUUAACCUUCAGUUACAUGGGUUCCCAGAUGCUGCUAUGUAUGGUACGCCGGCUGGUUAUCCUUAUGGGUUUUCUAAUUCAUUUCAUGGUGGUCAUGCCCAUGGAUUCCGUCAGCAUACUGGUCAUAGGCAACAAGACAAUAAUCUGAAGAGGCUGCUUUUUCUUAUUGGGUUUUGUGUUCUUCUUGCUCUUAUCUGGCAGUAGUUUAAAUCUGUUAUCAGAACUUAAACCUGCUAACAGAUGUGGGGGGUCAAACUCAUGCAAUUGUAAUUUGUUAGUGCAUUUUGGCUUUACUUUUCUAUGAUCAAGGAAAUUGUCCAUAAUAUACUUUGUGCGUACUUUUCUAUCUGCUUUUAAGAAUGUAAAGUGCGAUUUACUUGUCUUUCUUGCUA